AUGCAUUUCUUCCGCUCUCUACUGGUCGCGACCAGCUUCGCCGCCGGUGCCUUUGCAACCAAGAAGACCCCCGAGGAACGCUUCAAAGAAUACCACACAAAGGCUCUCAGCUCGUCCCCCAUUAAGCUUGCCGACAGCAGCUACAAGGCCUUGACCUCGGCACCUCGCGAUUACACUGUCGCAGUCCUUCUGACUGCCCUCGAGAACCGCUUCGGUUGCCAGCUUUGCCGGGAGUUCCAGCCGGAAUGGGAUCUUCUGGGUAAGACCUGGAUCAAGGGUGACAAGAAAGGCGAUUCGCGCCUUCUCUUCGGUACUCUGGACUUCUCCGACGGCCGCGAAAUCUUCAUGUCGCUCGGCCUCCAAACCGCCCCCGUCCUGCUUCUAUUCCAGCCCACCGUCGGCCCUCACGCCGUCCCUUCUGCGGACCCCCUGCAGUACGACUUCACUAGCGGACCUCAGUCUGCCGAGCAGGUCCAUGCCUGGCUUACACGGCACCUCACCGGCCGUCCUCACCCCCCCAUGACGCGCCCCAUCAACUGGAUGCGCUUAAUCUCCGUCACUACCAUUGUUCUUGGUGCCGGAACCGUCCUCGUCACUGCAUCGCCCUACAUCCUCCCCAUCAUCCAGAACCGCAACCUGUGGGCCGCCAUCAGUCUCAUUGCCAUUCUGCUCUUCACCAGCGGCCACAUGUUCAACCACAUCCGCAAGGUCCCUUACGUCGCCGCAGACGGUCGUGGUGGCAUCAGCUACUUUGCCGGUGGCUUCCAGAACCAGUUUGGCCUCGAGACGCAGAUUGUUGCCGCCAUUUACGGCGUCUUGUCUUUCUGCGCCAUCUCUCUUACCGUCAAGGUCCCUCGCAUCGGCGACAGCAAGAGACAGCAGGUCGCCGUCUUGGCCUGGGGCGGCGUCCUCUUCCUCAUGUACAGCUUCCUCCUCAGCGUGUUCCGCAUCAAGAACGGCGGCUACCCCUUCUCUCUGCCCCCUUUCAUGUAA